AUGAGCAUUGAUCUCUCAUUUAAGAACCUUGAAAUGCUGGAUUAGUCCUUGAAUCUAAACAAUUACGUAAUCACAUAAUUCAAUACUAAUUAGACAAUAAUAAAUUUGCAGGGUAACAAUUUCAAGGGCGAAUAAACAUACAUUCAAUAGCUGAAAGUUUAGCAUCUAAAUUUAUCAUUCAAUAAUAUCGAAUAGAUGUGGUUAUUGCCAUCCUCCCUUAUAACUUUGGAAAUCAAUAAUAAUUUGCUUCAGAAUUUGUCAAAUAUCUCCCAUCUCAAAAAUCUGAAACAGAUUGAUUUAUCCAACAAUUUAUUGCAGAGUGUCCAUUGGUUUAGUAAUCUGACACAAUUAACUCAUAUAUUUCUGAAAAAUAACAAGAUUAAAACAAUUGAAUAACUUAAGAACUUACCUCAAUUGGUAGAAGUUGAUUUAGAAUGUAAUGAGUUAAAAAAUGUGGCUGAAGUGCAUUAUCUAGAAACAUAAACUAAAAUUAAUAUCAUUAAUUUGUUUGGCAAUCCAGUGUUUGAAGGAUUACAAUUAAAAAUAUUGAAUGUAGUUGAGAAAAAUUGUCAUUGCAGAUCAGAACAAACAUACAGUCAAUCGGAAAUAUGCAAAAAGCGAAAUCAAUAAAUCGAUGAUAUUGAUUUGUUUGAUGAAAAGGCAAGUGAAAAGUAAUCCGAUCUUCAACCUUAAACAAUGACUCAAAAAAAAUACACAAAAUCUCUAUCUCCUCUGAAUAAGCAAUUGCCAUAAUUCUAUGAUCCUAAGUCUAGCAAAUAUGUCACUUUUCAUGAUGUGUUAAGGCAAAAGCAACGCAAUAAUACUAAUGCAAAUUAUGAUGUCAAAUAAUAAAAUGUUACAACUACAAAUACUAAUACAACCAUCAAUAACAGAUAAACUAUGGAUUAAUUGAAGUAAUAAAAUGAAAACUUAAAGAAAGAUUAUAUGAAAUUAAAAUAAAAGUUUGAAUAAUCAUAAAAAUAGAAUUAGAGCUUUUUUUAAGAAAUAGAGAGUUACAAAGAAUAGUUAAAUGGCCUAUUAUUAUAAUUCAAUAUUCCAAUUUAAGAAGAGGAAGCAUCAGUCAGAUCUUUGUUGGAUUAGUUGGAAUUGGGUUUGACAACUUUCAUAAAGGAUAUGAGAAAAUAAAAUGUAGAAUAAAUAAAUAGUAUGAUGACAAGAAUGGGAAAUAAGGUUAAAGUGAUGAGUAGUUAAAUUGAAAUUACUACUCUAAAAAAAUGCUGCGAAUACACAGAGAAAAUAAAAAAUAUCGAAUUAGCAUUGUCUAAACUUGCUGAUGUGGUUGUUGAAUAGUAAUAUAUUCUUAUUAAUCAUUUUAGAAAACAAUAAAUAAUAAAGCUUUAGAGGCAGAGGGUUCAUUCACCAUUACAGAGGUAAUGUUUGACUUCAAGAGUUCAUGGAAAGAAUCCUAGUGAACUUGAUUAGAUGAAAUUGAAAACUUUAUUCUUUAAAUCUCCGAAUGUUCAAUAAUUAGACAAACCUCUCAAAACUCAAGGGUCUUAAAGUACCAGUUUGUCACAAUAGGUGUUAGAAACUUAAUAGAAACCAAAGAUUUAUAAGAAAUGA